AUGCAGCCGAUCAACGAAAAAACACUUUUUUUACGUAAUAACUCCGCCACCACCUCUCACAACACCAAUAUCCAUCACAAUAAUCAUAUAUUUCCACACGAUGUACUGGUGAAAGCAUUACAACAAAGUGAUAUACCAAAUCUCGAUUUUACCCUUAACUCGAAUGCUGCUGCAUUACAAGACAUACUCGUCGCCAAUAACCCUAUUUCACCGACAAAUCCUAAAUCACCAUCAUUAUCCAUCAUCUUUCCGGAAUCCAAUACUAACGUAGACGCCAUAAGUUCGAAUCCUGUGGAUGGACCAGUAUUUGAUAACGGCGUUAAAGGACAAUUUUCGUGGGCAUCCGAUGCGUAUCAUCAGACCAUAAAGAAACGCAAACUUUCUGCAGCUUCUUCAGCAGCGCCGAAACCAUAUGACUCGAAAGUUCCAAGACCACCAAAUGCAUUCAUCAUUUAUCAUCGAACAAAGUCAAAAGAAUUGGCGCAAUACAAAUCAAAUAAUUUACGUGUGACUUCGGAUGCACGACAUCCUUCAAAGACUGUCGCAGAUAUGUGGAAAGAAGAACCGGAACACAUUAAAUUACAAUAUCAAAGAGAAGCGGAUCUUGCAUUGGUGGAACAUAAGAGAAAAUACCCGUUCUAUAAAUAUAAACCACAAAAAAAGGAUAUCAAAAAUAAGGGGAAAUUGAAAGAUUCUAAACACUCGUCCUCAAAAGAUUCGAAAUCUUCAUCAAAGUUAUCAUCAAAAGUAGAUAAGUCACAAGUGGUACCGUUCGAACAUCGACAACAAGCGUCUAUGGAAUCUGCAUUCACAGUUUUUGAUAUGAGCCCAAUAGAAAUAAACAAUGACUCCAGUAAAGAAGAAAAAAAUGCACCAACUAAUAUUGAUGAAACUCCAGUCAC